AUUACUGUUAAGAGAUAAGCUAUAGAUUAUAUGAACACACCUGUUGCUUUGGGUAUAAUAGCGUGCACUGUAGUGGAAGUAUCGGUUAGUCAGGUGUGCACCUCUCUACACAUGAAGUAAUGGUGAAAUACACGGUGACAGUAACUACUGGAGAUAAGGUGUGGCAUGGCACAUUUGACCACAUCUUCAUCACCCUCUAUGGAACGGAGGGAAAGAGUGAGCGCAAGAAACUCAAUGAAGCACCGGAGAUGAGCAAUGGUGUGGAAAAGGAGUACACUGUGGAGUGCCCUGCCAAGCUGGGUAAGGUGAUCUUGAUUAGCUUGGACAAGGAGCAGUAUCUCUUUUUGCCAGAUCAAGACUGGUACUGUCUAACGGUGAAAGUGCAUACGCCUGAAAACGAAACACUACAUUUCCCAUGCUACUCAUGGGUCAAGGAAAGACAGAUCUUACAUGUUCGAGAGGGGAAAGCAUUGACUUUGAAGAAUGAAAUUCCUGCCCUUAUGGGACACAGGUUGGAAGAACUAGAGCUUCGAAAACAACAAUUUGAGUGGAAAGAGCUGAUGGAGGGUCUCCCCCACUGCUUGGCAUUAGAGGACCCGAAGGCGCUCCCUGCUGAGUUCCGCUACUCCCUUGACAAGCGUCUGGACUUGGAGUUCACCACUAGGAUCACGAUGGCUGAACUCAAGAUGAAAUUCCUGGCCACCAGCAAGAAGCCGUGGGGCAAGCUGGAUGAUAUAAAACAGGUCUUCUGGUUCUACAAGACCCAACUAUUUGACUAUGUGACCCAGCACUGGAAAGACGAUGAGUUCUUCGGGUUCCAGCUUCUCAAUGGUGCCAAUCCAAUGAUGAUCCAAUGCUGCAAGGUGCUUCCAAAAAAGUUUGCAGUCACUGAGGAGAUGGUGACACCAUUUUUGGAAGAUAAGCUGCCAGUGGAAAUACAGAGUGGCAAUAUCUUCCUGUGUGACUAUUCCCGACUGGCUGAGGUGCCCCCAAAUGUCAUCAACAUGCGACUUCAGUACGUCCCAGCACCCUUCUGCCUGCUGUUCAAAAAUAAGCUGAACAGGCUGUUACCUAUCGCCAUCCAGCUCCAGCAGGAGCCUGGUGAAAAAAACCCGGUGUUCCUGCCCAAUGAUGAAGAGGCCUGGCUACUGGCCAAGACGCAUGUUCGGGCUGCUGACUUCAUCGAGCACCAGUUCAACUUCCAUUUGCUACGCACACACCUUCUGGCAGAGGCCUACAUCCUCGCAACGCUCCGUAAUCUGCCCUCAGCUCACCCCAUCUACAAGCUGCUGAUUCCACACAUGCGUUUCACACUCUAUGCCAACACUCUUGGCCGAGAGAAACUAAUCUCUGAGAAGGGAGCCAUCAGUAUGUACACAUCCACAGGUAGCACUGGCAUGGUGGAGGUGAUGAGGAGAGCCAUGCAUGCUCUGAAGUACAGCUCCCUCUGUCUGCCAGACGACAUCAUUGAACGCGGCCUGGACAAGGUGCCCAAGUACUACUACCGAGACGAUGGUCUGCUGGUGUGGGGUGCCCUCAGCAAGUAUGUGGAGGCCGUUAUAGCUGUGUUCUACCCUUCUGACAUGGACGUUCUAGUAGAUGAGGAACUGCAGCACUGGAUCUCAGACAUCUACAAACAUGGCUUCCUGGAGAAGGCCAGCACUGGUAUCCCCAAUUCUUUCAAAUCAACCAAAGAGGUCACCAAGUUUAUCACUAUGGUGAUCUUUACCAUGACGGCACAACACUCUGCUCUGAACAAUGGAAAUUUUGAUUUUGGGGGCUGGCUUCCCAACAGUCCAAACUCACUGCAGUCUGGAGCGCCGCAAAGCAAAGAUGAUAUCACAGAAGCCGACCUCCUGAACACACUCCCCGACAUCAACACCUCUGUCUGGGGCAUGGCCGGUGCCUGGAUCACCAGCAAGAAGGGUGCAGACUUUGUGUCUCUGGGCCAACACUCUGAGAAGUACUUCUCUGAGCCGGAGGUGCUCUCCCUGACUGACAAACUGAAGGAGGAGCUGAAGGAGAUCAGUGAGAAGAUAAAGGAGAGAAACAAAGAGAAAAAGCGGCCCUACACCUACCUGGACCCAGAAAAAAUAGAAAACAGCAUUACCAUUUAACACACACACAGACACACACACACACACACACACACACUAAUACUUUUUCACUCACACACACAUUUUCUAUAUAUUUGCACCCUCUGUUGUUUUGGCAACUGCAUUGUUGACACCUUUUCUGGUUGUCUGACUUUGGUGUGUAGCCAUGCUGUGAUGUUGUCAGGGAAGACGUAGAUAGUUCUUCUAUGAGUUGAAGAAGCAGAAAGACAGAAAUGCUCGCCAGUCUCUUUUUCCACUCCUCCAAACAUUUUGAUUAAGUGCAGUUCAACAAACUACCACUAGAUGGUACAAGGUCAACAGGAAACUAAACAGUAACAGUGCAGAUGUUACCAUUUGCAUUGUUCCUGCUCUAUUUACAGUGAAGUACUUGAUUAUCAUCAUCAAUGAAUUUAAUCACCCAAAGUGGGGAGGCAGGCAGAUUUGCAUCCAGUUUAUUUUCCACACGACAUUCUUAUAUCAGAAUACACAGACGUCAGAUUUAAUUAAGUUGCACAGUUCUUUAAGCUGGCCUAAUAAGUCAAGUGCCUCGGAAUCUGGUUUUGUGAUAGUUCUGUGCCUGUGCCUUUUCUUUUUUUUUGUGAUGUUAAUCUGUAAAAUGUUGAAUGGGAUUAGAAGAUGGGAAUUAUUUCGCUUUUGACCUGGUCUUCAUGCCAUUCCUUUGUCACAUGACUAGAGAGAACCCUGUACUCAGUUUAAGAGAGAUUAAAAAAAAGAAUAUUAACAUAUGUUUUGAAUAACAAGUGGACAAUGAGGUAUCAUUGUCUGUGAGAUCACUCACUCACACACACAUAUACCAAUGCACACAAGCACUGCAGCUUUGACACUAAUGAACUCUCAACAUGAAUCAGUCCUAUUUGGAGCCCACUAGGACUGGAUGGACUCUAAAGUUAUACCACCACAGUGAUAAAACAGUUCCAAAAAUACAAAUAAAAUGGAUGCUGUACUCAUGGCCAUGACAACUUUUUUUAAAAAUAUAAAAUCCUUUAUUAUUUCUACUUCUUGCUUAUAGCUUCAUGACUGACCUCCAAAAAUCAUCUUGUCUAUAACAAAAAGCCAAGGCUGACUAGUGUAACCUCAUUCAGUGCAUUUCCGACAAAACAAAGCCACUAGUCACUGAUCUAUUUUCAUUGAUCUAUUUUUGUAGGUGAAAGGGAACAGCUGGGUUUGUACCACGGGGCAAUUACU